AUUUGUUGUUGAUCCACCACACCGCCACCCUGAAGUUCCUCGCUGUUGUCUUGGCCGCCGGGAUGCUGGCCUUUCUCGGUGCGGUCAUCUGCAUUAUCGCCACGGUCCAUCCCGGCUCCACCGCCGCUGCACCCCAACCGCUCACUGGCAACCACUCGCUCUCUGCGGAUUCAGUUCUGCCGCCUCUCUCUCCGGGGUCCAUGGCCCAAGCUGGCUCUCUGAGCGCUCUCCACGGUGCUGAAUCGACUGGAGGUCUGGAUUCACCCGCAUUCAACGGAUUGAGCAGCUCGGGAGGUAGGCAACAGUUUAGUUUUAGCCGACUCAUCUGUACCCCUAUCCCUGCCGGGGAGUGCAAGCCGAACAACAUUGAGCAACAGGCCGACGAUCCGUCAGCGUUCGCCGGCGAGGACUGGGGGUACCUCCGCACCAUGGCCGAAGAGCUCCGCCAGACCAUUCUACAGCAGAAGGACCAGAUACUCACCGAUCAGCGAACCAUCCAGGAACUUACAGGCAAGCUGUCAGAGUGCGAGAGCGGGCUGGAGGAUCGAAGUAUAUCGGAGAGGAGCGCAGGCUUUGGGGGAGACGGUCCCAGGGAUAAAGGGCGCCUCAUGGUUAGGGACGACACCCCGUCUUCUGCCGCCGCGCAGCUGCACGCAGCGCGCGCCUUGGAGGAGCUGGAGAACGCCAUCAUUCAGCUGAAGGACCGCAUCGAGAAACUGGAGACAGAAAUAGGCCCUUCCAUCCUUAACCACACUCAGAAGGGCCCCGGGGGGCUCUCUGGCGCCCCCGGUGGUUGGGGUGAGGCGGUGCGGUGGCGGGUGGAGGACCUGGAGAGCGAGCUGGAGAGGAAGAUGAAGAUACUGGAGAAGGAGAGGGCGGCACUCCGCAAAGAGACCCAGAACCACCGCAAGGAGAUUGACCAGGGGAUCAACUCUCUGCACCACCGCAUCGUGGAGCUGGAGCAGGGUCUUUCACAGUAUAACUACCCCGAGGGAUACAAGCUGUCCUUCCCUGUUCGGACCAACUACAUGUACGGGGUGGUGAAGCACCCUAUCCCUGAAAUGUACGCCCUGACAGCCUGCUUGUGGCUGCGGGCCAAGGAAGGAGGCAUCGGAACGCCAUUCUCCUACUCUGUCCCGGGACAGCCAAACGAGCUGGUCCUUCUGCAGGGCGUGCACAACCCCGUGGAGCUGCUUAUUAAUGACAAGGUGGUGCAGCUUCCCCUGACCCUUCCGCCGGGCAGCUGGCAGCACGUGUGCGUGACCUGGGCCCUGCGGGACGGGGUGUGGCAGGCCUACCAGGGGGGAAAGCUGAAGGGAGAGGGAGAGGGCCUGGCUGCCUGGCACCCCAUUCGGGCAGGGGGUGUGCUCAUAUUGGGACAGGAGCAGGACACUCUGGGCGGGCGCUUCGACGCCUCCCAGGCCUUGGUGGGGGAGCUGUCCCAGUUCAACCUCUGGGACCGGGUGCUGACGCCCACGGAGAUCUCCAGCCUGGCCGACUGCAGCGAGGUCACGCUGGGCAACGUGGCCCCCUGGACGGACAGGGACAUCGACGUGUUCGGGGGGGCCACCAAAGAGCCGCUGGAACCCUGCGCCCAGCGCGUCGCCACCCAGCAGUGAGCUGACGGGGCGGGGAGGGUGAGGAGGAGGAUGCCAGGAGGCACUUUGUAAGAAUGAGGGGAGAAAGGGUGUGGAGGUGGGAGGGAAGCUGCCUGUUCUCAGCAAGGGUGUUGUGUUAGAAAAACGAGACUUUUUGUCCGAGAGUGUCUUUAGACAGUGUGACAGGACAGCAGGCUCGGCCCUCCUCUGUCACAGAGUGAGAUGGACCGGGCUCUGCUCUGAAGGAAUGAGUCUGGAUCAGCUUCGUAUUCUUGAUGCGUGCAGACACAUGGAGCUUGGGUUCUUUGUCUGUCAGUAAAGUGCUAAAGAGCUUGAUGUUGUCUGUCCUACGGCUUGUUCCCUUCUUCAAGAGGUGAUUUCUAGUGGAAGUUCAGAAUGUGGAGUAAUAUUUCCAUACACAGACAUGGGGAACACGAUUCUGUGUGGUGUAUUUUUUUAUUGCUUAUAUUGUUCUGAUACAGUAGUGGUCUGUUACAGUCCCUCGUACAUUUUUAAGCUGCAUUCUGUGCUGUUCGUUAUAAAUGCCAUAUAUCACACAUUUUACCUUAAAUCACAUUCCGUACAUUAUAACAGAAGUUACCUGGCCAUGUGCUUAAAGAGGACGUUUGAUAUUUUACCAGUGAAUAGACAAACAGGGCCAGCCUUUUGUUCAGAUUCUGUACAAAGUUCACAACAGGAUAUUCAAUAUCACAGUGAUUGAACAAAUUAAGCCUUUUCUUUUACUUAGUUAAAGGAUUGGAGAUAACCCAAGCAAUAAAUUACAUUAUUGGGAGAUUACCUAUUUACACAAACACAAAAACAGAUGACAAGAGAGUAUUAAAAAAACAGGGCAAUACUUUCAGUUUUAUUGGAAACUUUGGAACCUCAUACAAACGCCAGUAUAAAAACAGCACUGCCUUUGGUGCUUGACUUUGAGCUAGCUUCUGGUCUGUCUCCCAGCACUCAUGAUAAGACACAUAGGACUCCAUCAUUUGAUUAUUACAUCACAGUCAGAGGUGAGGACAAAGGUUCUACUUAAACCAAAAAAGAAUAGCCAUGAUUAAAAAUACACAACCCUAAAACAUUCAUACCCGCCUCAGCAAUCAGCAAAAAUCUGCACAUAUUCAGUUAAUUUCCUUCUUAGUAUACAACCCUCUCCCCAGCCCCUACCUGAUAAUCAAUUUACUGUGGUAAGUGCCUGUUUGGGUAGAUGUACCCAAUAAGUGAAAAUGUCUCUUUUUCUAUUGGUAUUGAUACAAAUACCUAUUAGUUGUGAUGUCAGUGUUGUGCCUGGUGUUGGUUUGGUUAUGUUUGCACUUCUGUGGUCCUUCUGUGAUAUUGUGAGAUACUUCUAUGAAAAAUAACUCAAAACAAAAUAAGUGGCUGACAAAUGUGUUAUCUGAAAACAGGACUUGAUUUGUUUGAAAACCAUAAAACAAUGUAUCUUUCCAUCUACCUUUCUUCAUCUCUCUGCCUCUCCACCCCCUCUGUCUUCAGAGAUGCUAAUCUAUCUUUUAUAACCCUACAGUCUUUUUAUUCUUCUUCCUUAUCUAUUUCUGUACCUUUUGUGUUUAUCUUUCUGAGUAUUUCUCUAGCGGUAUGAAA